CCCUCCCCAGUCGCGAUCCCGUCCGCCUCCCGCCUCCCCGCGGGCUUCCGAGGCGCCCGGGUUCCCAGCGAGGCGGCGGAGGGGGUGGGCAGGCCCGCGGUGAUGUGGCGGAACUCUUUGUGCACUGCGGCAGGAUACGCGUUUGGGUGCGCGACGCGCUGCGACGCGCUGCGCUUAGUUCUCUCCUCUCGGAAGCUGCAGCCAUGAUGGAAGUUUGAGAGUUGAGCCGCUGUGAGGCGAGGCCGGGCUCAGGCGAGGGAGAUGAGAGACGGCGGCGGCCGCGGCCCAGAGCCCCUCUCAGCGCCUGUGAGCAGCCGCGGGGGCAGCGCCCUCGGGGAGCCGGCCGGCCGGCGGCGGCGACAGCGGCGGCGUUUCUCGCCUCCUCUUCGUCGCCUUUUCUAACCGUGCAGCCUCUUCCUUGGUUUCUCCUGAAAGGGAAGGUGGAAGCCGUGGGCUCGGGAAGGAGCCGGCGGAGGCGCGGCGGCGGCACCUCCCGCUCCUGGAGCGGGGGGAAGAAGCGGCGGCGGCCGCGGCGGCUGCAGCAGCUCCAGGGAGGGGGUCGGAGUCGCCUGUCACCAUUUCCAGGGCUGGGAACGCCGGAGAGUUGGUCUCUCCCCUUCUCCUGCCUCCAACACGGCGGCGGCGGCGGCGGCGGCAUAUCCAGGGACCUGGGCCGGUUUUAAAUCUCCCCUCCGCCGCCGCCGCCGCACCCCCCUUGGCCCGGGCUCUGGAGGCCGUCGGGGGAGGCAGCCGUUCCGAGGAUUAUUCGUCUUCGCCUUAUUCCGCCGCCGCCGCUGCCAGGCCUCUGGCUACUGAGGAGAAGCAGGCCCAGUCACUGCAACCAUCCAGCAGCCGCCGCAGCAGCCAUUACCCGGCUGCGGUCCAGAGCCAAGCGGCAGCAGAGCGAGGGGCAUCCGCGACCGCCAAGUCCAGAGCCAUUUCCAUCCUGCAGAAGAAGCCCCGGCACCAGCAGCUUCUGCCAUCUCUCUCCUCCUUUUUCUUCAGCCACAGGCUCCCAGACAUGACAGCCAUCAUCAAAGAGAUCGUUAGCAGAAACAAAAGGAGAUAUCAAGAGGAUGGAUUCGACUUAGACUUGACCUAUAUUUAUCCAAACAUUAUUGCUAUGGGGUUUCCCGCAGAAAGACUUGAAGGUGUGUACAGGAACAACAUUGAUGACGUAGUAAGGUUUUUGGAUUCAAAGCAUAAAAACCAUUACAAGAUAUACAAUCUAUGUGCAGAAAGACAUUAUGAUACCGCCAAAUUUAACUGCAGAGUUGCACAGUAUCCUUUUGAAGACCAUAACCCACCACAGCUAGAGCUUAUCAAACCCUUUUGUGAAGAUCUUGACCAAUGGCUAAGUGAAGAUGACAAUCAUGUUGCAGCAAUUCACUGUAAAGCUGGAAAGGGACGAACUGGUGUAAUGAUUUGUGCAUAUUUGUUACAUCGGGGCAAAUUUUUAAAGGCACAAGAGGCCCUAGAUUUUUAUGGAGAAGUAAGGACCAGAGACAAAAAGGGAGUAACUAUUCCCAGUCAGAGGCGCUAUGUGUAUUAUUAUAGCUACCUGUUAAAGAAUCAUCUGGAUUAUAGACCAGUGGCACUGUUGUUUCACAAGAUGAUGUUUGAAACUAUUCCAAUGUUCAGUGGCGGAACUUGCAAUCCUCAGUUUGUGGUCUGCCAACUCAAGGUGAAGAUAUAUUCCUCCACAACAGGACCCACACGACGGGAAGACAAGUUCAUGUACUUUGAAUUCCCUCAGCCAUUGCCUGUGUGUGGUGACAUCAAAGUAGAGUUCUUCCACAAACAGAAUAAGAUGCUAAAAAAGGAUAAAAUGUUUCACUUUUGGGUAAAUACAUUUUUCAUACCAGGACCAGAGGAAACCUCAGAAAAAGUAGAAAAUGGAUGUGUAGGUGAUCAAGAAAUUGAUAGUAUUUGCAGUAUAGAGCGUGCAGAUAAUGACAAGGAAUAUCUAGUACUUACUUUAACAAAAAAUGAUCUUGACAAGGCAAAUAAAGACAAGGCCAACCGAUACUUUUCUCCAAAUUUUAAGGUGAAGCUGUACUUUACAAAAACUGUAGAGGAGCCAUCAAAUCCAGAAGCUAGCAGUUCGACUUCUGUAACGCCAGAUGUUAGUGACAAUGAACCUGAUCAUUACAGAUACUCUGACACCACUGACUCGGACCCUGAGAAUGAACCUUUUGAUGAGGAUCAGCACACACAAAUUACAAAAGUCUGAUUUUUUUUUUUUUAUCAAGAGGGAUAAACACCAUAAAAAGAAACUUGAAUAAACUGAAAAUGGACUUUUUUUUUUUUUUUAAAUGACAAUAGGAUAUUAUGACAGAUUACCAGUUAUAGGAACAAUUCUCUUUUCCUGACCAAUCUUGUUUUACCCUAUACAUCCACAGGGUUUUGACACUUGUUGUCCAGUUGAAAAAAGAUUGUGUAGCUGUGUCAUGUAUAUACCUUUUUGUGUCAAAAGGACAUUUAAAAUUCAAUUAGAAUAAAAUAAAGAUGGCACUUUCCCAUUUUA